AUGGGUUUGCUGGCUGCACGCUUGCUGCGUCGGGGUGCCGCGCUCCUCGGCCGGAGGCUGUUGGUGACUCUCGCCAGUUCUCCGGGCUACCGGCUCACUCCUUCCUCCUUCCUGCGCAUCGGGCAGCUGAGCAAUGUGGACCUCAACGAGGACGUCCGUGAGCUGGAGACGGAGCUCCCUCGGCAGCAUCCCAACGAGAUCCCCCACAACGAGAAGCUCCUGUCGCUCAAGUACGAGAGCCUGGACUAUGACAACAGCGAAAACCAGCUGUUCCUGGAGGAGGAGAGGAGGAUAAACCACACGGCUUUCCGGACAGUGGAGAUCAAGCGCUGGGUUAUUUGUGCCAUGAUUGGCAUCCUCACCGGCCUCGUUGCCUGCUUCAUCGACAUCGUGGUGGAGAACCUGGCUGGGCUGAAGUACCGGGUGGUGAAGGGCAACAUCGACAAGUUCACGGAGAAAGGGGGCCUGUCUUUCUCCCUGUUGCUCUGGGCUACCCUGAACGCCAGCGUGGUGAUGGUGGGCUCCGUGAUCGUUGCCUUCAUAGAGCCCGUCGCGGCCGGCAGCGGCAUUCCCCAGAUCAAAUGCUAUCUCAACGGCGUGAAGAUCCCCCACGUUGUCCGCCUCAAGACUCUGGUGAUCAAAGUCUGCGGGGUCAUCCUCUCGGUGGUCGGCGGCCUGGCUUUUCCCCUCCAGCACGAAGGACCCAUGAUUCACUCCGGAGCGGUGAUUGCCGCCGGGAUCUCCCAGGGAAGAUCCACGUCCUUAAAGCGAGACUUCAAGAUCUUCGAGUACUUUCGCAGAGACACAGAAAAGAGGGACUUUGUCUCGGCUGGAGCUGCUGCUGGCGUCUCGGCUGCGUUUGGUGCCCCCGUGGGAGGUGUCCUCUUCAGCUUGGAGGAAGGGGCUUCCUUCUGGAACCAGUUCCUGACGUGGAGAAUCUUCUUUGCCUCCAUGAUCUCCACAUUCACUCUGAACUCUGUCCUGAGUGUUUACCAUGGCAAUGCUUGGGAUCUCUCCAGCCCUGGGCUCAUCAACUUCGGCAGGUUUGAUAACGAGAAAAUGGGAUACACAAUCCAGGAAAUUCCUAUCUUCAUCUUCAUGGGAGUGGUUGGUGGGAUCCUCGGGGCCCUGUUCAAUGCCCUCAAUUACUGGUUAACGAUGUUCCGGAUCAGGUACAUCCACCGGCCCUGCCUCCAGGUGGUUGAGGCCAUGCUGGUGGCAGCAGUGACGGCGACCGUGGGGUUCGUCAUGAUUUACUGCUCGAGGGACUGCCAGCCCAUCCAGGGGAGCACGGUGGCAUAUCCCCUGCAGCUUUUCUGUGCUGAUGGAGAGUACAACUCCAUGGCCACUGCCUUCUUCAACACACCUGAGAAGAGUGUCGUCAACCUCUUCCAUGACCCUCCAGGUUCCUACAACCCCAUGACGCUGGGCAUGUUCACACUGAUGUAUUUCUUCCUGGCCUGCUGGACCUACGGCCUCACGGUGUCCGCGGGGGUCUUCAUCCCCUCCCUGCUGAUCGGCGCUGCCUGGGGGAGGCUCUUCGGCAUCUCCCUGUCCUACCUGACCAAAGGCUCGAUCUGGGCUGACCCUGGGAAGUACGCCCUGAUGGGAGCUGCCGCGCAGCUAGGUGGGAUAGUGCGGAUGACACUGAGUCUGACAGUCAUCAUGAUGGAGGCAACGGGCAAUGUCACCUAUGGCUUCCCCAUCAUGCUGGUGCUGAUGACGGCAAAGAUUGUGGGAGACUACUUUGUGGAGGGGCUCUACGACAUGCACAUCCAGCUGCAGAGCGUGCCCUUCCUGCACUGGGAGGCCCCCGUGACAUCCCACUCCCUCACGGCCAGGGAGGUCAUGAGCGCUCCCGUCACCUGCCUGCGGAGGAUUGAGCGAGUGGGCACGGUUGUGGACAUCCUCAGCGACACCUCCUCCAACCACCUCGCCCUUGCCCGUCUCAUGCACGGUGCUCUGUCGCAGGUGGCAGGACUGCGGGGACUGAUCCUGCGUUCCCAGCUCAUCGUCCUUCUGAAGCACAAGGUUUUUGUGGAAAGGGCCAACCUUAGCCUGGUGCAGCGGCGGCUGAAGCUGAAGGAUUUUCGGGACGCCUACCCCCGCUUUCCCCCCAUUCAGUCCAUCCACGUCUCCCAGGACGAGCGCGAGUGCAUGAUCGACCUCAGCGAGUUCAUGAACCCCGGACUGCGGCACUUGGUGGUGGUGGACAAUCGCAACGAGGUGGUGGGCAUGGUCACCCGCAAGGACCUCGCCAGGUACCGUCUGGGGAAGGAAGGUCUGGAGGAGCUCUCGCUGGCACAGACGUGA